GGGAAGGAAUUAAAUACAGAAACGCUGUCUGCUUGCUGCCGUAAGACAACUAGAGAAUUGCUGAUUUGCUUUAACUUUUAAAAUACCCAGCUUGGUUAUUUUUCUUAGAAUCAUUGUAUUGCUAAGACUGGGGACGCUGUUUUUUUUUUUUUUUUUUACAAAGGGAAAUCUAAGUUCAUUUCAAGGCAUUCGAAAUGGGGAAAGACUAUUACUGCAUUUUGGGAAUUGAAAAAGGAGCUUCAGAUGAAGAUAUUAAAAAGGCUUACCGAAAACAAGCCCUCAAAUUUCAUCCAGACAAGAACAAAUCUCCUCAAGCAGAGGAAAAAUUUAAAGAGGUCGCAGAAGCUUAUGAAGUAUUGAGUGAUCCUAAAAAGAGAGAAAUAUAUGAUCAGUUUGGGGAAGAGGGGUUAAAAGGAGGAGCCGGAGGUACUGAUGGCCAAGGUGGUACCUUCCGGUACACCUUUCAUGGUGAUCCUCAUGCCACAUUUGCAGCAUUUUUUGGAGGUUCAAACCCCUUUGAAAUUUUCUUUGGAAGACGAAUGGCUGGUGGUAGAGAUUCUGAAGAUAUGGAAGUAGAUGGGGACCCUUUUAGUGCCUUUGGAUUCAGCAUGAAUGGAUAUCCAAGAGACAGGAAUUCUGUGGGACCAUCCCGCCUCAAACAAGAUCCUCCAGUUAUUCAUGAACUUAGAGUAUCACUUGAAGAGAUAUAUAGUGGUUGUACCAAACGGAUGAAGAUUUCUCGGAAAAGGUUAAACCCCGAUGGGAGGAGUUAUAGAUCUGAGGACAAAAUUCUCACCAUUGAGAUUAAAAAAGGAUGGAAAGAAGGCACCAAAAUUACUUUUCCAAGAGAAGGAGAUGAAACACCCAACAGUAUUCCAGCAGACAUCGUUUUUAUCAUUAAAGAUAAAGAUCACCCCAAAUUUAAAAGAGAUGGGUCAAAUAUCAUUUAUAAUGCUAAAAUUAGUUUACGAGAGGCAUUGUGUGGCUGCUCAAUUAAUGUACCAACAAUAGAUGGAAGAACCAUACCUAUGUCAUUAAAUGAUAUUGUGAAGCCUGGAAUGAGGAGAAGAAUUAUCGGGUAUGGCCUGCCAUUUCCAAAAAAUCCUGACCAACGUGGUGACCUUCUAAUAGAAUUUGAGGUGUCCUUUCCAGAUACUAUAUCCUCAUCAUCCAAAGAAGUACUUAGGAAACAUCUUCCUGCCUCAUAGAGUGAAGAACUUUGUUACCCAUAUUUUGACAAGGCACUGAAAAUACAAAAGGACUGGCUGUUUACUGAUAUAGAUGUGAAUUCUGUAUAAAGAUGUGUAAAUUCUUUUGAAGGCUCAUUACAUUGCAUGAAUAGAGACGGGUCAAAUAAAUAGGCAAAAGGGAUUUUACAGUUAAAAAUUAAGAGAAAACCACUCAUUGUAUUUAAUUUCAUUUUUCUCAAAUUAGAAAUUUUUAAUAUUUUGCUUACAUAUACAAGUUUAUUGUUUUUGUGGAGUCAGGAUAUGUAUUUCCAUAUAUGUUUUCAAUAAAGUACUAGACUAUCCAAGUACUUUAUUUCUUAUAUCUUUAGAUUAUCAGCAAGAUAGGUUCCCAUUUAUAAUGGAAAUUAUAGUUCUUAACUAAAUUAUACAUAUGUAUUUUAAGAGAAGAUUAAAAACCUAAGUAAUUUGGAAAUGUGGUUAACUACAUUUAAUAAACUUUUAAAAUGCUGCUGUAGGGCUAGUACCCAAUAAAAGAAUAUCCUGAUGCAUAUGUUUCACCAUUUUGAUUUUUAAAGUAUGCUGUAGCAUUUCAUAAUAACAUAAUUGCAACAUUCAUAAUGUAGGUCUUUUCUUCAUAAAAAGGAAAUUAAUGGAAACUUAUCUCCUAUGGAAAUCCCAGUUGCCUGAAUUACUGAUAUUUUAGAAAUAGGCUGUUUUUAAAAUGCCAUAUGUACUUUUAUGCAAGUUGACUAUAUAUCUUGGACUUAAUAAAUUACAGGUUCAUUUUAUUGUCUUCUAAUAUAAAAUAAUUUGUGUAACAAUGAAUGUGUUUUUAGAGGAAAUGCUGUUAUUUGGAAUUAAUUUUCCAAUUACAGUCUUCUUUAACUUACUCAUAACAUGCUGUAUGUACCUUAUGCAAUUUCCCUAAAAGGAAUAAACUACCAGUAUGGUCUUAAACCAAAAUAUGGGAAAAAUAAACACUAACUGCUGCUUAUGGAUAAUGUUGCUACUACUUGUUAUGCAUAUAAAUAUUUUACUUUUUCAUAUGUAUAGAUUGCAUUUCUUAGGUGUUUUAAUUUUUUUAAAUAUAUUUACGUUU